AGAGGCGAUCAUGGAGACUUGGACCUCAAGGCCUCGGGAGAGAGCUGUCCGCUGUCAAGCUUCAGCCCUUUCUCAGGAUGGGGAGGACAAGACCGAGUUUCAGGAGCCAUUGACCUUCAGGGACGUGGCGGUGGUCUUCACCGAGGAGGAGCUGAGGCUGCUGGACCGCGCCCAGAGGAAGUUGUACCGAGACGUGAUGCUGGAGAACUUUAGGAACCUGCUCUUUGUGGGUAAGGGAAACCUCAUAGGAGACAAGAAUGAAAAGGAAAUGGAGUAUAUUCAAGAAAGAGAAUUGAAGUGCCUUUCCUCCAGAGAGCUCUCCUACUGGAAAAUCUGGGAACAGGUGACUGGUGAAUUAACUGGGAGUCAGGAUCAUAGAGUAAAUCUUCAAGGGAAAAGUUUCCAGUUCUCCGAAGACGCUUCUCCCUGCCAAGGGUGGGAAGGAGCACCUGCUCGGGGUUCACACAUUGACCAUCUGGUGGGCAGUCUACAGAGACCCAUCGGCUCAGAAAAUCAAGAGUUUCCACCCUGGAAAGCUGUAAGACGGGUAUCCGCUCAAGAUUCUUGGAUGAAAGCCUUUGUGAAUGAGCCGUGGAACAUUCGCGAAAGGUGUAAAAAACUUGACAGGCCUGAUACAAUAUAUAAGCAUGAGGGGGACAGUCACGGCUUCAGCUGGAUAGCACGUUGUCACGAUGACCGCAGAUUACCCGAAAGAGAGAGACCCUGUAAUUGCGAUCAGUGUGGAAAGGACGGCGUUAAAAAGCUGAUACUUCAUCGCCCUAGCCCCCAGGAGUAUGACCGGAGAAGAAAUGACUGCGGACACGGCUUCAGGGAAGAGUCACACCUUCCCACUCAUCCAAGAGGGCCCUCGAGAGAGAAACCCCAUAAAAACGAGUUCGGUCCGGCCUUGAGGCCGACCGCCCACCUCGAGAGACCUCAAAGGACUCCCUCGGGCGAGAAAGCCUCUGAAAGUCAGGAGUGCGGCCGGCGCCCGAGGCUGAACCCGCGGCGGCCCAGCCGGCCCCGGGCCCCUGCGGGGGACAUGCCCUACAGCUGCGACGUGUGCGGGAAGGGCUUCCGGUACCAGUCGAUCCUCCUCAUUCACCAGGGCGUGCACACGGGCAAGAAGCCCUACGCGUGCGAGGAGUGUGGGAAGGCCUUCGGCCGCAGCUCAAACCUGCUGGUGCAUCAGAGGGUGCACACGGGCGAGAAGCCCUACAAGUGCGGCGAGUGCGGCAAGGGCUUCAGCUACAGCUCGGUGCUGCAGGUGCACCGGCGGCUGCACACGGGCGAGAAGCCGUACGCGUGCGGCGAGUGCGGCAAGGGCUUCUACGCCACGUCGGCGCUGCGCAAGCACCAGCACGCGCACCCCGGGGGGCAGCCCUACGGCCGUGCGCGGGGCGGCCAGGCCUUCACGUGCGGCUCGCAGCUUGGCAGGCACCAGAAGGCGCACGCGGGCCAGAAGCCCUACCGGUGCGACAGGUGCGACAAGGGCUUCAGCUACAACUCGUACCUGCAGGCGCACCAGCGCGUCCACACGGGGCAGCGGCUCUUCGAGUGCGACGUGUGCGGCAAGAGUUUCAGCUACAGCUCGGGGCUCCUCCGGCACCAGAGGCUGCACACGGGUGAGAAGCCGUACAAGUGCGAGUGCGGGAAGGCCUUCGGCCGCAGCUCGGACCUGCACGUCCACCAGCGGGUGCACACGGGCGAGAAGCCCUACAAGUGCGCCGAGUGCGGCAAGGGCUUCCGGCGCAACUCAGACCUGCACAGUCACCAGCGGGUCCACACGGGCGAGCGGCCCUUCGUGUGCGACGCGUGCGGGAAGGGCUUCAUUUACAGCUCCGACCUCCUCAUCCACCAGAGGACCCACACGGGCGAGAAGCCCUACAAAUGCGCCGAGUGUGGCAAAGGCUUCAGUUACGGCUCGGGGCUCCUCAUCCACCAGAGGGUCCACACGGGCGAGAAGCCAUACAAAUGCGAAGAGUGCGGCAAGGGCUUCCGGUGCACCUCGAGCCUCUACAAGCACCAGCGGAUCCACACGGGCAAGAAGCCCUACACGUGUGAGCAGUGCGGCAAGGGCUUCAGUUACGGCUCCAAUCUCCGCACCCACCAGAGGCUGCACACGGGCGAGAAACCCUACACGUGCUUUGAAUGCGGCAAGGGCUUCAGAUACGGCUCGGGGCUCCUCAGUCACAAGAGGGUGCACACUGGGGAGAAGCCGUACAGAUGCAACGUGUGCGGCAAGGGCUACAGUCAGAGCUCACACCUUCAGGGUCAUCAGAGGGUGCACACGGGCGAGAAGCCCUACAAAUGUGAGGAGUGUGGGAAGGGCUUUGGCCGGAGCUCCUGUCUUCACGUCCACCAGAGGGUGCACACGGGCGAGAAGCCCUACACAUGUGCGGAGUGCGGCAGGGGCUUCAGCUACAGCUCGGGCCUGCGGAACCAUCAGCGAGUGCACGGGAGUGAGAAACCUGGCAAUUCUACUUUCUCAGGAUCCUGCUCCUUCCACAAGGAAGACAGUAUGACUAAAUUCCAGGAAGCUGUGACCUUCAAGGACGUGGCGGUGGUCUUCACGGAGGAAGAGCUAGCUCUACUGGACAAGGCCCAGAUAAACCUGUACCAGGAUGUGAUGCUGGAGAACUUCAGGAACCUUGUCUCAGUGGGAGACAGGAUUAAAAACAACAUUUCACAUCUUCAGGGAAAAGGGUUGAGUUAUCGCUCUCAAGAAGUGCUCUACUGCUGGCAGAUUUGGAAACAAAGGAUCAGUGAAUUAACUGUGAGUCAGGAGUAUGUCAUGAAUCUUCAAGGAAAGUAUCCCCAGUAUUUAGAAGGAGAUGUUUCUCUCUGUGAAGAGUGGGCAGGAGUGUCUCUUCAGAUUUCUGAAAAUGAAAACUAUGUAAUAAAUGCCAUUAAUUUAGGAAAUCAAGAUGGCACAGAAGGGAAAGGCCUGACACGGGUCUUUACCCCAGAAUCUUGGAAGGGAGCCAACAUGAUGACUGAGCCCCAGAAUUCUCAAGGACAAUAUGAGAGAAUUCAUGUGGAAGAGAAACUGUACGGAUGUGCUCAGUGUGAUGACAGCAUCAGUCAGACAUCAUGUGGUCAUGGUGAUUCCCAAGAAUGUAAAGAAGAGGAACCUUGUAGAUACACUGACUGUGGGAAGCACUUGGCUAUGAAAUCAAGAGCCAAAGAACAUAACGUGGUCCCUGUGGUACCACAACCUGUCAAAUGUAAUAACUAUGGUGUGGGCUUCAUAGAUGGUGCAGACCCUCCUGUUCAUCACAGUGCUCACAUAGAAAAGUCUUGUAGAUGUGACCAGUGUGGAAAGGACUUUAGUCAGAGCUCAGAUCUUAUUGUUCACUAUAAAGCUCAUUCAGAUGACAAAGCUUAUGAAUAUCAAGAGUGGGCAGAGGGCUGCAAGCAGAGCCCAGACCUUCCCAGAUAUCAAAAGGCCCCCUUGGGAGACAAACCCUAUAAAUGUCUCGAAUGUGGCAAGGUCUUCAGGCGCAACUCCUCUCUUCACAACCAUCACCGGGUCCACACAGGGGAGAUGCCCUAUAGAUGUGAUGUGUGUGGGAAAGGGUUCGGAUUUAGGUCACUUCUUUGUAUUCAUCAGGGAGUCCACACAGGGAAAAAGCCCUAUAAAUGUGAGGAGUGUGGAAAGGGCUUUGAUCAGAGCUCCAAUCUUCUUGUCCACCAGAGAGUCCACACUGGAGAGAAGCCCUACAAAUGCAGUGAGUGUGGCAAAUGCUUCAGUUCAAGCUCUGUUCUUCAAGUCCACCGGAGGCUGCACACAGGGGAGAAGCCUUACAGGUGCGGUGAGUGUGGAAAGGGCUUCAGCCAAAGCACACACCUCCACAUUCACCAGAGAGUCCACACAGGGGAGAAGCCCUAUAAAUGCAACGUGUGUGGAAAGGCUUUUGCAUACAGUUCAGUUCUUCACACUCAUCAGAGGGUUCACACGGGAGAAAAGCCUUACAAAUGUGAAGUGUGCGGUAAAGGCUUCAGUUAUAGUUCAUAUUUUCACUUACAUCAAAGAGACCACACCAGAGAGAAACCAUAUAAAUGUGAUGAGUGUGGUAAGGGCUUCAGUCGGAAUUCAGAUCUUCAUGUGCACCUCAGAGUCCACACAGGAGAGAAGCCCUAUAAGUGUAAAGAAUGUGGGAAGGGCUUCAGUCGUAACUCAUAUCUUCUCGCUCACCAGAGAACACAUGCAGACGAGGUGCAAUAUACAUGUAGUGAGCCUGGCCAUGGCUUUAGUUAUAGCUCAGACCUUCUUACUCAUCAAAGACUACACAAGAGGGCAGAAACGUACUCAAUGUAA